CGUUGCUCACGUCGAUGACGUUGAAACACUUCCUGGUUGACCCAGAACUACAUGUACGGUGUCUCUUUCUUCGUUUGUUUUGGUGCCGCUGCACGUUGUUACACGACAUUACUGAGAUGUGCUCUUAAAAAACAUCAUCGUUUAUCCACAGCGGACGUUUAAAUGCAUCAGAGAAACUUUUUGUUGGUGGUAUCGAACGGAUUUCAUCUCUAACUCUUUUCUUUUAAUCGAUAGCAGGAGUACAGGAUUCUCUAAUGUCUCAGUCUGCUAGCCUUGCUGAAGUUUUAUCAGCGGAGUCAUGCCACAUUGUCCUAGAAACGUCGCCUCCAGACUCUGUGAAGAAAAUAUCGCGGUAUCUUGAGUCUCAGAGCAAAAAGGAUGAGGCAUCUAAUGAACCUGCAGAAGCAGAAAGCAGUGACUCAGGAGACAGCCUGUUCAUAACUCAGAAGCCAGUACCUGAGGCUGUGAGAUCAGGAAAAAGACAUCGAUACAAAGUGAGGUCACACCCCACAUCUUCCAGAGAUCUGGAAGAAAGUGAAGGCGACACUUCGGCGUCCUCUUCCAAUGGAGAAACUGAAAAAGAGAGAAGAAGAAAGAAGUACAGACUGCCAACAUACAGUUUUCCUUUCAUCUCAGGGGGAAAGUGGAAACCCAGAAGCUCUCUGUUACCAGUCCCGCAAAACAGAAGCCUCCAUAAUUUUGCAAUUGGAGGCUUCUUUAAAUGUGUCAGAGAGCUGUGGCGGGGCUAUCAAACAAGAGAUGAGGUGGUGUCGUCUUUACCUACGGUUGACAUCGAUGGAGAUGACAUAUCUCCACUGUCAGAAGAAGAAGAAGAAAGGCCAGAGGAUGAGGACUUCAAAGUGGUGGAAAGGAAAUGUUUUAUGGUUCCAUCUAAAACAAAAAGGAGACGGUCCUGGUGCAACCAGUUAAAACAAGGGAAGAAACAGGGAAAAGCUGGCAAUGCCAGACAAGUAACCUCAGGGGAAGGACAAUGUAAGACGUUCCAUAAAAUAGCAGCUACUGCAUCCAAAUCAAGGGCCACAUCGUUGUCCUUGGAUACAGAGAGCCCUCAUGGUGGAGAGUCUUCUUGUAGUGUUCAGGCCGAGAGGGAGAGCCAUGAUGAAGCUGCAACAAGUGACGGAAACCUUCUGGUCCAAAAGGAGAGACCAAAGACAGAGAGACGCCUUCCACAAGGAAACAAGACUCUUUUUCAGCAAAAAGCGAGAGCGGAAGAGCUGGGCAGUGACAGCGAUGCUACAGUUUGUGAGUCACUUAAUGUACAGAGAAGUCCACAGCAGGGCAGAGAAGCAUCCACAACUACAACAGAGCCGGACACAGCUGUUGUGCACACAGACGAUAUGCCCCCUACAGGACAGACAGCGGUCGAUCCUGAAAGCCAGAUUCUCUUCCACAGUCUCCCGGACCUUAUAAGUGACACUAAUACUGACAGUGCAUGCAGUGAAACCAGGGUAAGCAAGAGGAAAAAGAAGAAAAAAGAUAGAGAUCACAAAAGCAUAGAAGAAGGAAACGAUCAGAAGAUCCAGCCAGAGGGUCUGCAUGCUGUGAAAUCUGUGGAGGUAGAGGAGACUCCUGGCUUGUCUGAGCAUAACAGGACAGAGCCUCCAGCCUCACAGGCUAGAGAUGAGAAUGAAUGUAAUGAAAGAAAUUGUUUGGAGAACUCAUCACAUGAUGGUGCCAUCGUGACACAGGAGGAGAAAGACGUUCCCCAUUCAAAACAAAAGAAAAAGGAGGGAAAAAAGUCUGCGGCAGACAGUGUCAGACAGGAAGUAGGUGGACACUUCGAGUCAGACGUGAGAAUGGAGGAUUCAGUGAGCUGUAACAUCGAGAAUGGUGGGAAGAAGAAGAAGAAGAGGAGGAAAAGAAGUGAUGAGGAUGUUGAGCAGUUACAACUCUGUGCAGCUGCCAAACAUCUAAAUGAUGAUGACAUCCACAUGAAAAAGAACAAAAGGAAAAAAGAGACGAUUGUAGUUGUGGAGGAAGGUGAAGAAAGCGAAGUGUCACCAGGACACUUACACGAAUCUGCAGUUACUGAAGAGGCAUUAGAAUCCAGUUAUGGUAAAAGAAGCAAGCACAAGAAGGCCCGACACUCAUCUGUUAAUGGGGAAGAGGCUGCAGAUGUGAGCUCUUCUGCUCAUGCUGUAGCCUUGGAAGAAAGCACAGGGUUGUUACUGGAAAAGAAGAAGAAGAAGAAGAAGAAGAAGAAAACUACCUCUGAGACUCCUGAAGAAAAUGAAAAGUUUAAAGAUGAAGAUAAUAUCCAGAAAACAAAGCAGGGCCUUGAAGAGCAAAGUGAUGAAUUGUUGACUAAGAAGAAGAAGAGUGAAAUAUGUAGCAGGACUAUGUCCAAAGACAGUGUGGGACAAAGCGAUGAUUCGGUGUCUGUGCGGAAAAAGGAAAAGAAGAGGACCUCAUCCUUCCUUGUUGCUGAUGCAGAGGAAAAAGAUGCUCAGACACAGGAGGAACAGAGCUCUCUCUCACAGCCUGUGGAUGUUCAUGUCUGGGGUGCUGAAAAGCCUUGCGUCAGCGCUGCUGAUUUUGAAGCACAAUCGGCAGAAAUCACAGGAAAUUUGGAGGAAUCUAACGAUGGGGUCAGGAGAAAGAAAAAGAAGAGGGAAAUGUCAGUAGAGCAGGACAGUGUGGAAAAAGGUCGCAAGCGUGAGUUUGAGGAACCACACAAAGCAUGGCCGAGUGUUUUGCCUGAAACUACUGCUGCGGGGGUGAAAAGGCAAAAGAAACAUAUGGGAAAUGAAAGUCAGCUGGUGAACCCCACGGAAAGACUGGAAAGUGCAGCUAAUUCAGGAUAUUGUCCGACUGGUGAGGAUGUGGUGUUGAAGCAGACGAAGAAGAAGAAGAAGAAGAAGGAGAAGUGUAACGAAGAGCCAUGCCGUGUGCAACCACCAUCUGCCACUGAUCAUAUUCAGUUCCAAAAAUCUGCACUGAAUACUUGCAGCGUGGAUUCACACAAGAAAAAAGGCAAACAUCUGACUUCUCCUUUGAUUGCAAGCAGCAAAUAUGAAUGCAGUGCUGACAUGUCCAAUGACAGCAGCACUGCUGACCAUGCAAUCAAGGAAUCUCUUGUUGAACAAGCUUCACCGUAUCCAGAGAUGCCUGGAAAUCAGACAUUAAAUGACAAAAGAGUCAAGAAAAAGAAGAAAGAAAUGAAAUCCCCUGGCAAUAUUCUGCUUGAGGGGGAGUCAAUGACCAAGUCUGCUGAUUUAGAGCCCCAAGAAAAUAAAAAGAUGGAAAAGAAGGAAUCAAAAUCACAGAUCUCGUCUCAAGACUGCAUCAUGAAAAACAAGCACAUAGCGGUUAAGCGGAGACUUCAUAAUCCAAAUGAGGACUUCCUUACAGACUGUUAGUAUGAACUCACCAAUUAUAUGACAAAGCCUGGUCAGUAGAGGAGCGUGAACACACAAAUGGACAGUGUUGAAGUCCCAAGUUAAAAUGUGGCACUUGUGAGGUUUUUAAAUCAUUUUUUUAUGUAUUUUGCUUUGUAUCAAAGCAUUUUUUUACUCACAUAAUUCUAUGCUUGUUUGUUUUUUCAAAAUAAAAACACCUGAAUUUGAAAUAUUUGAGGUAAGAAAGUGUCACAAGUUAAAAUUAAAAGAAAAUUAAAACCACAUCAAAUAAUUUUAAUCAAUUUGUGUGUGAACACUUGAUUUUUGACAUUUUUAAUUUAAACACACCUAGCCUGCAACCUAAUGGGCAUUUGGGAGAAAAGUCAGGGUCAUUCUGUGGUGAAAGCCAAUGCACUGCAGCUGCUUUAGGUUAAACAUUUUCUAGAAAGUAAGGACGUGUUCUGGAACUUAAUUUGUGAUUUUGUGUCUUCUGGUGUGUUUUAUUUUGUUUGUUUGUAAGGCAUAUUGCCCUUUCUACAGAGAAAUAUGCUGAAUAUUAUAUAAAACCACUGACUCGACUCGUCCUAUUUAUCAAUUGUCAUCAGACUCUUACUUCCACAACUCCCACAAUGCACCACAGAGCGACACAGGAAAUGUCGCCAUCAAACUGCUAAACUCUGCACUGUGACGGACACACUUACUUUUAUAUAUAAAAUGUAUAUA